AUGGCACUCACCGUGCCUCCAACAAUAUUCUCUGUAACAUUGUCAAACAACGGACUCGGCAAAGACAUGUGGACUCUACCACAGAAGAAUAUCGAGAAUGUCCUCUUUUAUUACUACUUGGGAGAGCUCUUCUACUUCGCUGCACUGACUGCAACCAAAAUCAGCAUACUUUUUUUCAUGCUUCGUGUGUUCUCCAUGAGCAAAAGAUUCCGCCAACUCGUCUACGGAACAAUGGCUCUGUGUCUUGCAUAUGGGAUUGCCUUCAUUACAUGCACGGCUUUGCAGUGCAGUCCAGUCAAUUACUCCUGGGAGCAGAUCGACAGCAACAAGGUCGGAAAAUGCAACAACAUUCAUCUCCAGGGGUGGAUGUCUGCGAUUUGCAACAUCCUCAUCGACAUCGUAAUCUUGGUCCUUCCCCUGAAGAAGCUGGGCGAGCUUCAGAUGAAGUUGAAGAAGAAGCUCAUGAUUAUGUUCAUGUUCUCUUUGGGGAUUUUGUCCCUCAUCGUCUUUGCCAACUCGCAGAACAUCACUUGGGACUACACCGAGGCAGCCUUGUGGAGCACCAUUGAACUCCAUGUAGGCAUCAUCUGCGCUUGUCUGCCUUCAUUGCGUGCUCUUUUCAUGGCGCUGGGUGUGCGGGUACUUGGUUCAACCAAAGGUCAUGCGAAUGGCCCAAGAUCCACCGGAACGAAGUCCGGAACGAACAAGAGCGGAUUGGGUUCCACAACAGAAAAGACGGCCAAAAGCGCCCCUCGACAGGGCGACGAGAGUGAUUUCAUUCCGCUAGUCGACGUGGAUCAUGGCAAGUCCAGCUUUAGCGAGUCGGUCGGUGUGUAUCGUGAGCAGUCUACUUCAUAG